AUGGGAAGCUUCUUCAUCCUCCGUUGCUUCUUGUUAUUCUUCUUCUUGUUCGACGGAGCAUUUGCAGCUACGGGGAAGAUAUGGAGCAGAGCAGAGAUGGUGGAGAUGGCUGGCUACGGUGAACAGAAACUCUCCUCCGUGAUCAUCACCGGAUCUCUUCUCUGCGAAAACACUUCACGUCCUCAGCUUCGUCCCAUCGCCAUUCCAGGUGCUACUGUUGCCAUCAAGUGUCACACUGGACACAAAAGGAGAUCUAAAUGGAUUAAGGCUGUUACUGACGAUGUGGGAGAGUUUGAAAUCGAUCUUCCUUCCCAGCUCCACGCAAUUCCAGACCUUGAAAACACUUGUUUCAUCAAGCCAGUAAAUGUGCCUAAGCGCUACAGAUGCUACCACACUUGUACCAAUAUACACAAACGUAUCAAACGUGUCUCCUCCACCAACGGCUUACGUGUGUACACCUCAGGGAAGAUCAGGUUACAGAGCAACAGUUCAAGAUCAUAA